AUCCAGUUGAACGAACCGAAGAGAUACAACAGCUUGAACAAAUCACCGUCGGCAUGAAUGGGAACACAUACCCCCCCGAACUUGAAUUCUUGGAUGUACCCUCACGCGAAGACUCGGUCUUACCCGUACCGAACGGAGACAGCAGUUGCGAUGCGCCGGGCUCUGGCGGUGCCAAUCUCUCACGGAUCACGACGGGGAAGAGCGGGAGAGUCAUAGAAAGGCUCAUGAGCGAUGUCGACAGGUUAAAACGAGAACUCAAAGUCGAAACCACAGCCCGCGAAGAAGAACGAAAAGCCAAGGAAGCGAUAAAGUCCUCCCGUGACUCACUACAGAGCACGAACGACAACCUGAUACACCAAACAAACAUUGACAAAGCCUCCCUUGCCCGGAAGGACCGAAAAAUCGAAGAGUUGAAAGCUGAGCGGGAAGCCGAGCGAGCGAGAAGACUAGAGUCAGACUCGAGCCUGAACGAGCACAUCCGACAGAGCAACGAGCAGUUACAAGAGCUGAAAACCCAACUCAGCCACGAAGUCGUCGAACGAAAACGCGCUUCGAACCAGUACGAAGUGCUCCUCCAGAGCUGGAAACACCUCGACGAAGGCUACACGGGACGGGUGGACAAGCUCCGGGAGGAAUUGGAAGAGCUGCAGAAGGGCCGGCUGAAGGACAGGGAACUGUUCAGGAGGCUGGAGGUCACGAUUGAGCAGCAGCAGCAGGAAUUGGAAAAAUUGAGAUUCGCCAAGAAUAGGAUCUCGGAUAAGUACCUCAAGGUCAUACACGAGGCCGAGGGCGAGAUUGAGGACAUCAGGACUUUGGCGAAGGUCGCUGAGAAGGAGACCGCCGAGACGCUUACCGAGGCGAAGGAUACGCUGGGUCAGUUACGGCAUGUCCUUAAUGUACAGAGGGACUUGAGGAAGGAUAAGUAAGGAGAACUUGUGCUGGAAUUGGAAUUGGAAUCGGAAAUGGAACGAAACAAAACGUUGUCGAUUUGGCGUAUAGCGGGCAGGCGAUGGGUAAUGGGUUAGGAGUA